UAAAUUAUUUUCUGAGCUCAGAAAAACUUGAAAGUAAAAGGAUGGCCCCUAAAGAAAAUUCUGCUUAAGGCCUCACAAAACCUUUGGACGUCCCUGCUAUGGUGGCAGAAAAAAGCUUUUUCGUUUAUUUCUGUUUUCUUAGGCUUGAGCAUAUUGAUGAACAUGACUGGUUCCGCGAGAAUCUGAGGGAGUGAGCCCUCUGUAUCUGUACCACAUCUUUGUUGCCAAGCGCCUCAUCCGAACCAUGGCCCGACUAUUUUAAGAACAGAACCCACAGUCUGCGUGCCGGACGGGUUAACAGAUCAGCUAAAACAUUCCCGUUAUUACCAAACUAAACGCUCUAAAACUGACAGGAUUUAGAGACGUUUAGUUACAGCUGCGAACAUGUUGUUCCGAUUCGGUGUCAUUCUGACUCCGGAGUCCUCGGACGUGGAGGUUUUAGUUCUGGGUUCCCGUGAGGAAAUGGGCCACUGGGACCCGAGCAGGGCAGUUCGGAUGAUGGCUUCCCACAAGCUGCCUUCACCAGAGGAACCGUGUCUGUGGACCUGCGACGUGGAGCUGGCCGAGCCGUUCAAAGACACUCUGUGGUUCAAGUUUAUCAAAAGGGCCAGAGGCACCUUUAUCUGGGAAGGUAGCGGUCCAAGUCAUGACAGGUGUUGCUCAUAUGAUGAAAGGAACGUAGUGGACGGAGUGUACUGCCACCCAAUUGGUCACUGGAUAGAGGAAUCUGGACACACUGAUGAAAUGAGACACACCACCAAUUUCUACUUUAAGGUUGCGGGUCAGAAGGCCAUACAUUUCUCCCGUGUGCUGCCACGAGUCUGGCUGGGAAGUUGCCCUCGAUCGAUGGAACACGUAACCAUAAAGAUGAAGCACGAACUGGGCAUCACCGCUGUGAUGAACUUCCAGACGGAGUGGGAUGUAGUGAAAAACUCCAGUGGAUGCAGACGUAACCCCGGGGAAGCCAUGACCCCUGAGACUUUGAUGCAUUUGUACAAAGGCUGUGGCAUUGUGUAUGUGUGGCUACCAACACCUGACAUGAGCACAGAGGGUCGGAUCAGGAUGCUUCCCCAGGCUGUAUUCCUGCUCCACGGCCUCCUGGAAAACGGCCACUCCGUGUAUGUUCACUGCAACGCCGGCGUCGGCAGGUCCACGGCAGCCGUAUGUGGCCUUCUCAUGUUCAUCUUCGGCUGGAGCCUCAGGAAGGUGCAGUACUUUGUCACAGCAAGGAGGCCUGCAGUCUACAUAGACGAAGAAGCUUUAGUACAAGCUCAGCCGGACUUCAUCCAAAAGUUUGGUCAGCUGCGAUCACCCAUCUCUUACUCAGAAACAUAACAGCCGAGAGUGCUUGUCCUUAAUCGGGAAGCCGAGUGGACUAUUGACCAUGUCUCGUUCCUGUGAAAUGUGCCGCACGGUGAAAAUAACAUGAAGCAAAUAUAAAAACUGCUCUACUAAAAUCUGAUAUAUGCAAAUGACCCACUUCAGUUGAGUGGGUUUCAGAAUGUGGAUGAUUUCUGAGUCUUUAGAGAGAGUCCCACAGGCUGCCAAAAGAGAUGUUGCAGGCAAUUAAUCUUACUGUUAGCUUUUAAAGUUGAACACUUGCCCCACACAUGCUUGCAAAGUAUGGAUCCUGUUAGUUAUUUUCAGCAUAUGCCAUCAGGGGGUUGUUUGGAAAGACCUUUUCUUUAGGCCCUUUUGCUUGUAAUCAAUAAGCAGAGUUGACAUUUGGAAAUGGCGUUAAACUGAAGUGAAUAAAACCAACAUGCAGAAAGUCAAUUACAAAAUAUACUGAGAGGUUGGCAUAGAGACAGGUCUGUUUUUUUUUUCAGUAACAAAGGCAUAAUGUAGAAAAUAUACAUUCUGUUUUUCUCUUGGGUUUUUCCUCUGAUAUAUUUUGUUCUUCAGUUGAUAAUGACUCUAUAAUUGUGUAUUAUUUUAGGUAAUCUGCUUGUCAUAAGGAAGAAAAAGUUGCUUUCUUUGUUUUGCAGAAUAGGAUUGUCAUGCCAUAUGGCAGUGGUACUCCUUGCCAGAGACACACAUCUAUCCUCAAAUCCAAUAAAUCAAGAAGGACUUUACCUCCCUCUCAGAGGUAUUUGCCUCCCAGACAUCAAGGAGUACAGCUGUCUUUCACAGUGCUUAUUUGGAGCAUUUCCUUCUUCAUGUUCCUGUCAGAAGCCAUCUACAGAAUAACAACAACUACAUCAUUUUCAGGUCAUUCUGAUACAUAUAUAGGAUUUUAAGACAGAAGGCUUUGCUGUUGAACAUUUCAAACUCUGCCUCAACUUUUUGUGAGACGGAAUGUUUUUUAUCUGUCUCUGAUUAGAAAAAUUUGAAUUACUUUGAAGACUAAGAAACUGUUUCCUGAAGCACAAUUUUUUUAUCGUUGCUUUUUAGUGAUUUCCUGAGCUGGAUGUCAUCUGGGAUGUGUGGGUGGGUUGAGCUAUGGUCCUAUGCUACUGAAGUGAAUCAGCCAAGUCUCAUUCCAAAGCAUUAAACAUAUGCUUUUCAGGAUUAAUUUUGGUCUAAGACACAAGGUAAUUCACAACAUUUGAGUUAAACAGAGGCAUACCUGUGGGUGCAUUUUAAUGUAAAUGCUGAAACACACUUGUUAUGUGUGAAAUAAUAAGAAACUUAAAUUAAAUCAGCCAAAAUGUUGGGGAGAGAAAUGUGGAUCUUCUCAAGGCUCAUAGUUGGGUACAAUUUAUGGAUGUCUGAAGGUGCCGCUUUAACCUGUUUAAAAUUAUAUGCUAGUAUAAAGACAAUGAGAAUGUCCAGCCAUCGAUGUGCAUAUCAUUCCUCUAACAAAGUAAAAGCCCGGAUCUCAGUUCCAUGGAAAGUGUGUGCAGAGAGCUGAAGAAAUGUCUGAUUCUGCUUCAAGGGAAGGGGCCUAAAUUCCAGCGAACUGUUGUGAGAAAUGUGUGAAAGGAUUCCCAAAGGAUACCUUGACACAAGUCAUACAAUUUAAAAGGCACUUCUAUUAAAUACUAAGAUGUAUGUAAUAGAAACAAGUUUGGUUAUUAUAACUGACCUAAAAAAAAGAAUGAGUUUAAUCUGAUUCAAUGUCUGACACAACAAAAUGUCUUUUUGUUAAGUGCUUAUAAAUAUUUGGUUUUAACUGUUUAUUGUGAGGGGUUACAGGCAACUGAUGAUGAGAAAUGGUAUUCAUUAUACAUGAUUUCCAGGUUUUUUAAAAUGACCCGAUCCUGCUACCUUCAGUUUAAAUAAACUGAAGCAUUAGAAAGGUUCACCCAGCCUUCCAUUUUUACCAGAAUCGCCCACCUUCACAAUAAUCAACUUUGCAAGCAGCAGACAAAAAACUAUUUAUUGAAUAAUAUGUUGACUCCUUGUACACUUUAUAGAGGUAGCAUAAAAACUGAACGCGAAUUUUUGAUACUUUAUGACAGAGGUGGCCAACUCCAGUCCUCAAGAGCAUGUGUCCUGCAUAUUUUAGAUGUUUACCUGCAACAACACAGCUGAAUUACCUUAUCAGAACAUCAUGGAGUUCUGCAGAGGCCUCUUAAUAAAUUGCUCAUUUGAUUCAGGUGUGUUGGACCAGGGGAACAUCUAAAGCAUGUACUGUUGCCUUUUAGUACAUGAGUGGGCCAACCCUGCUGUAUGACUAUCCUAAGUCUCAGCUUUAUACAAAAAUCGCUUCUAGAAAGCAUGAAAGUCCCUAAAUUACCCCGUUAAAAUAUUAGUUUCAAAGCCACAUAAAAAGUGAAUAAUUAUUAUUGGUUAAAUUGCAUUUUAAAUUAUGAAUCCUAUUCUACCCAGAAAUAAUUAAUUAUUUUCUUUCAUUUGGACAGUAAGUUGGAGCACUUGUAAGUUCUGUUUCCUUACAGCAAGAUGGUGCUUGGUUUGGAUCUGGCCUGAGCCUUACAUGAUCUUCCUGGGCAUGUGUGGGUUUUCUGUGGGAACCCCAACUCCCACCCAUUGUACAAAAAUAUACAUGUUAGUUUAAUUGCAUUUGUAUAUUAUUAUUUUAAGUGAGUGUAUGCAUAUCUGGUUGUCUGUUCUGUGUGCCUCCGUGUUGCCCAGUUAUGGACUGAUGACCUGCCAAUGGUCUACCCCGCUUCUCAGCCAAUGACAACUGGAAAAGAGCACCAACGAACCUGUAAGCAGUAAGCAGGUAUAAAAUAAUUAGUGGAUGAAUUUGUUUAUUUGGGAGGGAUGAUAUUUUUUAAUACAGACCUAAAUUCAUUUGUUAUUCUUCUUUAGCAUAUAGCAUCUUUAGUUGAGAUGUUAUAUUUAAGCAAGAAGUUACACUUUAUCUCAGCAGUAUUUUCAGUAACAUUUAACUAUUUACAACACUUUACGCAUUGUGGGUGCAGGUUUUUUAUUUUCUUGUUUGAUUAUCCAAGGAAAUUUCAGGAUAAACCAAAAGUAUAUAAAAAGAUUUUUUAAAACUGCUCUCAGGCAUAGCUCCAGCCAUCUUGGCAGGUGUUGACGUUAUGCAGAUAAAUGCAUCUAACCCUCCAGAACCAAAAGUCACACCGAUGGGCAUGCACGUCUCAGGAGACACCAACAGCAGCAUUUUUCAUCUAACUUUGCUUUCUUUGUCAGACAAGGUUUAAUAAAAAAAAGAAUGAAAGACAAAGAUUUGUUAGAGGGUCAAACAGUUUCAUCAUUUCAAAGUUAUCCAAGAAUCAGGAUGAUCUAACAUAUGAUUGAUAUAAAAGGAUUUGAAAGCUGUAAAUCAAAGUACUGAGAACCAGAGGGGCAACUGGAGGGAUUAUCCAAACAUCAGUAAUGCUGAUCCGCUGGCCAACUGAACUUUAUAUUAUUUGCUGUGUGAGUGAUUCGGAAAGCCUGCAUUAGGCAGCCCUUGAAGACCAGGCCAAUGAUUGCUGCCUUAUCGUUUCUUAUACAAACAGUGAAUAUAAGAUGAAAAUUGCUUUUUUAUUGUAAUACAUAUAAUAUGCACCAAAUUAAUUUUCUGUUUUGCAGGUGAAGUUUUUCUUGACAAUAUUUAGAUUCCCUAAUUUCAUACAUUUAUGAUAAAUGUCAGUGAGAUUCAUAUGAAGUCAAUUGUCCCAGUGUUUUUACUUUUGCUCACCUUUAAAUCAGUAAUUCAGAGAAAAUUCCUGUUUUCUUUUAAAAACAUACUAAUCUUGUCAUGAUAAUCACUGCUCUUACACGGAUCUGUCCCCUAUACCAGUGCACGAAAAUUGCAAGGCAUAAACACUCAGUUUGGAUCCGACUGAAGGUUUUUUGAGCCCAUCAAUAUUUUACAACCAAACAGAAGAGUUUCAAAUAUCCUCAAAUUUCCCCUUAGUGCUCUGGCUUUGCGCCAGGUAGUCUACACCAGAUUUCUCCUAAUGACGCCUGGUGUCAGAUUUAUUCCCCUCAGACGAAUGGGUGUAUUUAAAAUUCAUGACUGGUUGGCUAGAUGGUUGCUUAGUUGGAAUUUAAAAUGCUGGGGGUGAUAAAUGUAGCCUUGCUUAUGAGUUUCAACAAGAAUAAUCUUUGUCACGCACAGAUUGUUUAUGUUGUCAUUACAUCCGGGGAUAAGUAAUGGCAAUGGAUUGUUGUUCACUGUUGCAUGGAUGCAAAGAAAUAUUUUAAUUUCAACACACAACUCCAAACAGUACAAAUGAUUAUCUGUGGUUGUUAUUAUUGCCUUCAUUUAUGACGCUUGAGCACUGCGCUCAAUUUAGGCACAUCACUGUUCAUCACAUGGAAGAAAUGAGGGAAAGGAAGGUGGGAAAUGGAUGAAGUAAGUCAUUUGCUGUGACAGGUUCACACAAUGUCUAAUCCCUGUGUGACUGUACUGACUGGCUGCCUGUAAAAUCCAUUCUUGCUGUCAGUGCCCCUAUUGUCUCUAUCCUCUGCAUAUCCAUUGUCAUUGAUCAGUGUCAGCAGGACAGAUUCUGAUGGGGAUUCAAUGCUGGUGUGCCAUGCUGAAUGAGAUAUUUUAUAUAUUAUUUUGGUGGAAACAUUCAUGAAUUGCUAAACAGUUUGGGUUUCAAAGUUCAUAAAGGGUGUUACAUUCAGCAAACACUGACACCUCUUAUUUAUUCUUCUAAUUCAAAGGUUUUGUUGAUUUUAAUUAAAUAUUAUAGAAUAUCAACCCUUCACAAAAAGAACCUGAAUGGGUUCUACCUCUAAAGUCCAAUCUGGACUUUAAAUUUCACUUUUUUCUCCACUGCAUGAGGCUUUUCAUAAAUAAGACAGACUUUGAAUUGCAGUAUGACUUAACUUACUGACACCUACGCUCAGGUAAUAGUUUAAUAUUAGCCAAGAUCUACAUACACUAAUUGAUAUUCUGUUAAAUGAAAAAAAGUAUGAGUAUUUUCACAUAAAAAUGCUAUUGAGAAAUGUCUUUAGAU